CCUUCCUUUCCUUCAUUCACCCGCACCGCACACCUGGUCCGCAGCCACUAUGGUGCUCGAUUUAGACCUGUUUCGCACCGACAAAGGCGGCGAUCCUGAAAUCGUGAGGGAGACCCAGAGGAAAUGUUUUAAAGAUGUGUCUCUGGUGGAUAAACUGGUCCAGGCGGACACAGAAUGGAGGAAAUGUCGCUUUACUGCAGAUAAUCUAAACAAGGCCAAGAAUCUGUGCGGCAAGGCCAUUGGCGAAAAAAUGAAGAAGAAAGGGCCAGUUGGUGAUGAUGAGACUCUUCCAGAGGAGGCACAGAACUUGGAAGCCCUCAAUGCAGAAACAUUAUCACCCCUCACAGUGACUCAGAUCAAAAAGGUGCGGUUACUGGUGGAUGAAGCAGUGCAGAAGACAGACAGUGAUCGACUAAAGCUGGAGGCGGAACGCUUUGAGUACCUGAGAGAGACUGGAAACCUUUUACACCCCUCUGUGCCCAUUAGCAAUGAUGAGGAUGCAGAUAAUAAGGUGGAGCGCACCUGGGGCAACUGCUCAGUGCAGAAGAAGUACUCACACGUGGACCUGGUCAUCAUGGUGGAUGGAUACGAAGGAGAAAAAGGAGCAGUUGUGGCUGGUAGCAGAGGAUACUUUCUCAAGGGGCCUCUAGUUUUCCUGGAGCAGGCCUUAAUAAACUAUGCAUUGCGGAUCCUGUACAGCAAGAACUACAAUCUCCUCUACACACCCUUCUUCAUGAGGAAAGAAGUUAUGCAGGAGGUUGCUCAGCUAAGCCAGUUUGAUGAGGAACUCUACAAGGUGAUUGGGAAAGGAAGCGAGAAGUCAGAUGACAAUACAGUGGACGAGAAGUAUUUGAUCGCCACAUCAGAACAGCCAAUUGCUGCCUUCUUGAGAGAUGAGUGGCUGAAGCCAGAGGACCUCUCCAUCCGGUACGCCAGCUUCUCCACCUGCUUCAGACAGGAAGUGGGCUCUCACGGCAGAGACAUGCGUGGGAUCUUCAGGGUCCAUCAGUUUGAGAAGAUUGAGCAGUUUGUGUACGCCUCCCCUCAUGACAACAAAUCCUGGGAGAUGUUUGAUUAAAUGAUCGGAACUGCUGAAGUGUUUUAUCAGUCAUUAGGAAUUCCCUACCGCAUCGUCAACAUUGUGUCAGGUGCAUUGAACCAUGCCACCAGUAAAAAGCUGGAUUUGGAGGCUUGGUUCUCAGGCUCCCAGGCCUUUAGAGAGCUUGUGUCCUGCUCAAACUGCACUGACUACCAGGCUCGCCGCCUGCGUAUUCGCUAUGGCCAGACCAAGAAGAUGAUGGACAAGGCUGAGUUUGUGCACAUGCUAAAUGCCACCAUGUGCGCGACCACUCGUGUUAUCUGUGCGAUCCUGGAAAUCUUCCAGACAGAGGAAGGCAUCAUUGUUCCAGAACCCCUCAGGGCAUUCAUGCCUCCAGGUUUAACAGAAAUGAUCAAGUUUGUGAAGCCUGCCCCCACUGACCAGCAGGCAUCCAAGAAGCAGAAGAAACAACAGGAAGGAGGCAAGAAGAAGAAACAGCAGGGUGGUGACACUGAUCUAGAGAAGAAAGUAGAGAAUAUGUUAGUCGAUGACUCUUAAACCCGCCCCCUACAAUCCAAGCAAUAACAAUGGUUUUUCAUGAAACUUCCAAUUUAUCCCCCCUGCCCCCUUCACUGUCAUUGUCCACUGAAACAGUCACUCCAUUUCUUCCAUGUCAUCUCCUUUGCUGCAUUUUACUUCUUCUCGGACAGUUUUAUGGGGCUGUCUGUGGUAAAAUUGAAAUCUUCAAUUCAAAAUGCAUGAUGGUGUAACAGACAUCCAAA